AUGGCGCCAAGAUUAAAUUUUUUACCAAGUGCUUUGGCAAAAACUAUACUUGAGUUUCAAACAGAAGGUGUGCUUUUUGGGAUUUCUAAAAGCGGAAGAUGUCUUAUAGCUGACGAGAUGGGAUUAGGAAAGACAAUCCAGGCUCUAGCCAUUGCAUAUUACUACAAGAACGAAUGGCCAUUGCUAAUUGCUUGUCCAUCCUCGAUAUGCCUCCUUUGGAUUGAAGAAAUCGAGAAAUGGCUACCAGAUAUUGAACCACAUCAAAUCAAUCUUGUCAAAUCUGGAAUUGAUGUUAGCAACUUAAAAACCAGCAAAAUUUCAGUUGUUGGUUAUGGUAUCCUGAGUUGUAGUUCUUCGCAACUUCUCAUUAAUAACUUAAGAAGCAUGAAAUUUGGUGUUGUCAUUGUUGAUGAAUCUCAUUAUUUGAAAAAUUGGAAAGCAGCAAGGACUAAAGCACUUGUUUCAAUCAUCAAAGAAGCUAAAAGAGCUGUUCUUCUGACAGGAACACCUGCACUGGCAAGACCAGAAGAGUUAUACGUACAAAUUGACGUUCUUAAACCGAAGUUUUUCGGAUCAUUUUCAAGAUUUGCAAGACGUUACUGUGAUGCUCACACGGAAGUUAUGUGUGGUGGAAGAUUUAAAAAAUGGAAUACUCAAGGAGCAUCUAAUCUUGAAGAACUUCAUCAUUUAUUGAUUAGUAAUGUUAUGAUUCGACGUCUUAAAGAAAAUGUUUUAACUCAAUUGCCUGAAAAGAGACGGCAAAGAAUUACCUUUAACCUCACCGAAUCUGAAUCAAAAAAGCAACUGGACAAAGUAAUUAAGGAGUUUCGUGAUGUGUGCAAGAAUUUGAAACUUCCCAGUUCAUCAUUAAGUCAAGAGAAAAGAAUUAACGACGAUGUGACUUUGGGUAAAGUUAAUCAUUUGGCCACAAUGCUUUACAAAGAAAGUGGGGUUGCAAAGAUAUCUGUCAUUCGUCAGUAUAUUGCUGACAUCUUAGAGAACUCCGACAAAAAAUUUCUUGUUUUUGCGUACCAUACUGAAGUUAUGAACGCUAUAGAACAGGAGAUUAUAAAGAAACGAGUAAAGUACAUAAAGAUCGCUGGGGAUGUCCCAUCAGGAUUCAGAACGAGUCUAGUUCAACAGUUUCAAAGUGAUCCUUCAACUCGUGUUGCAAUUUUGAGCAUCCUUGCUGCAUCUAUGGGAAUUACUUUGACUGCCGCUGACCACAUCAUUUUCAGCGAGCUUCAUUGGACGCCAGGUGUGAUGCAGCAGGCAGAGGAUCGCGUGCACCGAAUCGGUCAAAAGAACUCUGUGCUCGUCCAAUAUCUUGUUGCCCGAGGAACCAUUGAUGAAGUGCUAUGGCAAAAACUCUGCACUAAAGUGUACGUAACGACAACAACAUUAAAUGGGAAGUUAGAAGGUCUUGAUGUUGAGGAAGCUAGCGAAAAACAAUGCAAACUUCUCGAGGCGUUUUCAUCUUGGGUCAUUAGCCAUGAAAAGGACGACGAUGAUGAAAUGUUAGAUAAAGAUUUUCUUUUUACCUUUAAUCACGAAAAUAAGAAACAAGACAAUCUUCAAAGAUCUUUGAUGGAAUUUUUUGAUUCUCGUUCGACUCCAAGAAAAUGUGGAAAAGCGAAAAGUUGCGAAGAUUUAAAUGUGAAUGGAAAGUCUUCCACAAACGUUUUGGAUAAGCGAAUGCGUGAUGAGGAUGAUGAAGUAAAUAGAAAAUGUGAGAAUAUAGAUAACGGAUCAAAGGAAAUGAAUGUCGACAGUGUCAGUGACAUCAAAUCAACAAAAGCAACAAUGAAAAAAUACAAAAUUUGUAAGCGGAAGAUUCCUGUAAGCGAACCUCGUGUAUCAAAUUUUAUGGAUAGUGAAAGCCAGGAAAUAGCAUGGGAAUUUGCUCGUGAAAUUGCCGUUAAUGAUACGAGCAUAUCUGAGCCUGCUAGCGCUCAUGUUGAAAAUAUACUGUCUUCAUAUACAAAACUCUUGAAGACUUCGAGGCAAGACGAAAAAGAAAAUGUCAAGAAGAGGAAAACAUCGAGUAACUUUCAUCAAUCUUUAUCCUCCGAAAGAAAUGGGGUUGAAGAUAUAGUUGAUACAAUUGUUGAACAUGAAGAUUCACUUAAAACAGAUCACUGUAAUAGAUACGCACAAGGAAAUCUCGACGUUAGCAAAACUGAUAAUGAAACAGUAAACUUAUGUUCGAAUAUCAAAAGAGAUAGUUCAGUCGUAAACAAUGGAAGUUAUGAAACAACUGCUGAAGGUUUUGAGCAAAAUUGUAAAAGAAAGCAGAAUAAACCAGAGGAAGAAAUGAGCAAAAAUUCAAUAUCUAAAGCUGCAUCUGUUGUCUCUAGUAGAGCGGAAGAUGUGGAUGACUUUAAAUCUUGGUAUUGUUCACUUUGUUCUUUCAAAAAUAACGUUUCUCCUGUGUGUGAAAUGUGUGAGACACCGCGUUACAGAAACCUACGGAAGCUUACAAAUGUCAAGUGGUCCACUGAUAACGUUGUGGCACGAAAACAACAAGAAAUUUUUAAAAAAAAUUCUGAAAAUGAUAAAACAAAAUUCUGUCAAAAAAAAUGUGGUAAAAAUAAUUUUAGCAAUUUAUCAUCGACGAUAACAAUGGAUGAUAAUGGAGCAUGUUCGUCAGCAAGUGAAAAUUGCGAUUUGGACAAAAUACAAGAGCAUGAACCCAAGCUAUGUGCGCUUUCUAAGAAUCCUGAAGUUGCAGAUAAAUCUGGUGAUUCGGAUGUACUUGAUAAACCUGUCAUAUCCCGUGAUUGUCCCCCAAGUGACAUAGAUAUAUUUCAGUUGAAGCCAACGAAACGCAAGAUUGAGUCACCAAAUGAAAGUGACAUUAUAUCAUCGUAUGAUACGGAUACCUUAAAAGAAGGUCUUAUGGGGACUAAGCACGGAUUUGAUGAUAUCGUUAAUAAUAAAGGGGGGGUCUGCUUGUCUUGCAAGAACUACAAUUUUGACAAUAAUCUUAACAUGUGUUCAUCGUGCGGGCUCAGCAAAAUUGAGAGAAAUUUCCAUGAAUUAGUGUCUGGCCUUGAAGAUGAUGGAGACUGUUGGCAGUGCGAGGAUUGUGGUGAGUUUAGUUUUGGCGAUGCUGUCUUGCGGAAAUGUGAAACUUGCAGACAAAAAGACAAGCAGAAACGAAAACCAUUAGCUGAGAUUUACAAGAGUUUAAGUCAUCUUUUAGUAGAUAUUGAGGAAUCUGAUGAGAUAGAAGUUUUUGGUGGAAAGAUGGAAGUCGUUGAGAAAAUAAUGUUUCGGCUUAGCCGUUACACUGAUCGUGUUUAUCUAUACAAUGAGUUUGGAGAACCCCUCAACUGUAAUGUUAAUAUUAUUGAGAUUGAUGAAUCAAAUGAAGAAAACCUUCCAAUUCUUACGAACAUGGAAAACAAAAAGCAAGUUUUAAAAUUUGCCAGUAAAUGGAAAAAUCUCAGUAAAAAUCACAAAAGAAUGAUCAGAAAAUCUGAAAUAGUCUUUAGCGAUCCUUAUGAAGCAGUUAAAGAAAUAAAAAUGGCUCUUCAAAGAAAACUUUGUACAAACCGUUUUCCUUCAAAAAAACAACUUCGAGCAGAAAUUAUUGAAACUGCGGAGGCAAAGAAUGGAGGAAUAAGACAAUUUGUUUUAUCUAAUGGAAAAAGGAUUGAUGCUGUUGUUGUUAGAGAAAACGAAAUGAACGAUUUAAAUGAUGACGGAAACAAAAAAUUUGGUUUCAAGCGCUGGACGACGAAGGUCGACCAUUGUGCAUAUUCUGUAAGGGAAUUGUCGACACAAAGAAUGCGAAUUCCUUGUGGGGAAAGAUUUUGCUCUCACCAAUGCAAGGAGAAAUAUCAGUGUCGUGUGAGUGGCACUCGAGUACGCCAACAAUUGUUUGAAGAUGAGAAAGGUGUUUGUCAGAAAUGUGGAUUUGAUGCGCACAAGCUUUACUGUACUAUAAAACUGAUGACUAAAGCUGAUAGGCGAUCUUAUCUCAAGCAGUCUCCAUUUAUCUCGUUACCUGUGGCUAUGUUAAAUAGAAUCAUAAUCGAUCCCAAGGAAGGAAUGUUCUGGGAAGCUGAUCAUGUACUUGCAGUGGUAGACGGGGGUGGAGAGUGUGAUCUGGAGAACUACAGGACACUUUGUGUUCCUUGUCAUCGUCAAGUCACAGCCGAGCAGCGCGACAGACGAAGAAGGAACCAACGCAAACAGCAAGUCGUUAAUGUACCGGAUAUUACGUCAUUCUUUAAAAAAAGUUGAAAAGAAGGUAAAAAAAGAUAGUCAGUAGCUUGUUAAAUUUCUAGUGUAUCAGAAUGUAUUGUCGUUGUGUUCAUUUGUUAAAGAAGGCUAUGGAUACAAAUA